GAAAAUGUUAAAAAUGUGAUUGCUGGGCUGGGACAUGUAAGGAAGAAAAAAAGGAAAGCAAGUGUUGGCAAAGAUACCAGUUUUUUGUACUCACUUGGUGUAACAUUACGCUUGUAAUAUUUCACUUGGUGUAAUAUUAACUCAGCCAUUUAUGCAACAGCUGAGAAGAUGAGUCAGCAGUUUGCAAAACGCCAUUUUUAAAAGCAGCCAAGAAUAAGGGAAGAAAAUGCAGAUUUCUAUUUUCACAGUUGAUGCCUUUACAGAUCAGCCAUUUUCUGGAAAUCCUGCAGCUGUUUGUCUUCUUGAAGAUGUAAGUUUUUGAAACUUGUCUUUACCAGAAUGCUGAUGUUUGUUAGGGAAUGGCUGUGGCUCAGUGGCAGAGCAUCAGCAUUGCAUGCAGAAGUUCCUAGACUCAGUCCCCAACAUCUCCAGGUAGUAUUGCUGGGAGAGAUGUUGCCUGAAACCCUGGAGAGCUGGAGACAUAAUGAGCUAGAUAAACCAAUGGCCUGACUCAGUGUAAGGCAGCUCCCUACAUUACAAAACUUUGCUGUGUGUGACUGGUACCAUUUAUGUCAAUUUUUAGUGAUGCUUUUCUUGACGAAGGAUUGGUUUGUUGUGGGUACAGAAAAUUCCUGUGCUGUUUAUCUGGCCCAGUGUUUUUCAAAAAUUCCUGCCCUCAGGAAACUUUUCACAGUAAUGUCAAGACUUUCCAGGAAGCAUUUCUGCAGUUAAUGUUUCCCUCACUGAAAAAUCCCUGCUAAGUUUUCUAGAGUUUUUUAGAACACAGAUUGAAUUCCAAAUUAGCCUAUUUCAUAAGCACUGGCAGUCUUAUUUAUGAAACAGUUGUGCACAAUGCUUAGAUUUAAUCUGAUUUAGUCAUAUUGAUUUAAACAAAGCCAACCCAAGGUAUUUUGUCACCCAAGUAUGGUUGAAAAAUGUCAGUUGCUACUUUUUAAGGUGUUCCAGCCCCUUCAACAGCAUAUCAUCUGUUUAUGAUCUGUGAUCAUGACUGCAGUGGUACCUCUGGUUACGAACUUAAUUCGUUCCGGAGGUCCAUUCUUAACCUGAAACCGUUCUUAACCUGACGUACCACUUUUGCUAAUGGGGCCUCCCACUGCCAUUGCACCGCCGACACACAAUUUCUGUUCUCAUCCUGAGGUAAAGUCCUUAACUCGAGGUACUACUUCCGGGUUAGUGGAGUCUGUAACCCGAGUGUUGACCCAAGGUCAACAAGGUACCACUGUACUGCUGUGCCACAAUCAAGAAGUAGAAAAUAACCAUAGAUCAGGCAGUGAUCAGGCCACUCCUAUGGAAACUGGACUUGGACCCUGAAGAUACUAACAUUCUAGCCUUCUUGGACAAAUAUUUGAAUGUUUCUAGGCACUUGUGGAUGAUAGUGGCAUUUGAAGAACAAGAUCCCCUCAUUCAGAAAAGCUCCUCCAUAAGAGAAGGCAAUGGAUUGACUCCAAAAAACACAAGAAGGUCAUCAACUUGGUGUCUACAGGUGCCAUGGCUCGCUCAGGUUGACAGUUUUAGAUAAUGUACUGGAUGGACCAGUAGUCUGACUCAGUAUAAGACUUUGUUCCUAACGAGUUCUUUUCCUGUUUGUGCAUGUGUUGCCCACUGAAUUUUAUUUGUGCCUUUUGCCCCUCUCUGUCCCUUGCACCCUUAUCUGCCUUUCUUUGUGCUCUUUGUCUCCCUGUAGUCUCAGCACUUUCUCAUACGUCUGUAACCUCUGUCAAUGAAUUCCUCUUGUGCCUGUCUGAAUCCAUUGCUCAGCAGCUUUUUUGGCUGGUGUUUAAGAAUGUUUGGCCACACAGCUACACUGGCUGUGCUCAGGAGUGCUGUGCCAAGGAUUCAGUAGCUCAAUUGGCACACCAUCUCUCAGUCUCUGGAUGCCCAUUUGCAAAUAUGUACUUGUAUCUUGAAUCAUUAAAUCUUGGACCAUGUAGUGCAGAGCUUUCCAAACUUUUCAUGUUGGUGACACACUUUUUAGACAUGCAUUAUUUCACGACACAGUAAUUCAGUUUUACUAGCCAACCAGAGGUUAAACUAACCACUUUUCAGCCCCGAAAGGAGCGUGGGGAGCGUUCAUGUGACACAUCUACACACUGCAGCUGACACACAGCAACACACAGUUUGGAAAGCUCUGAUGUAGUGUAUAUAUGUGACUUGACCUUUAGACUGUCGUUUGGCUAAUUUUCUAGAGUUAUGUACCCUCUGCAUAUAGUUUUUUCUUGUUUCUCCAUGCCAUGCCAUAACAGCAGGCUUCCUCAACCUCAGCCCUCCAGAUGUUUUGAGACUACAAUUCCCAUCACCCCUGACCACUGGUCCUACUAGCUAGGGAUCAUGGGAGUUGUAGGCCAAAAACAUCUGGAGGGCCGAGGUUGAGGAAGCCUGCCAUACAGGAAGGAUUGUUCCAAAGCUGUUUGUGGGGGGCAGGGUAGUCCAGAUUUCCUCAUCCUCCCAUCUUUUAUUGAUUUGUCUUUUGGGGGGGAGUGGAGGUACAGAGACAUUUUCAUCUCAACAUCACGUUUUCCUGAUUGUUCCCAAGCUUUUGGGCUUUUCUAGGUGGGGAGAGGGAAGGAGCCCAGUGCAAAAGGAUCAUAAUUAUUUUAUUUUCCUGGAUUGUUCCCAAGUUGCUUGAGGCUGGGGGAGUGCAGAGUCAUUAUCAUAAUCUUUAUUAUCAUCAUUAUUAUCAUGUUUCCCCUGAUUUUUCCCAAAUUGAAAUGGGGGAGGCAUUUCAAUGGCAUCAUUAUUAGUACAGUCGUACCUUGGAAGUCGAACGGAAUCCAUUCCGGAAGUCUGUUCGACUUCCAAAACGUUCAAAAACCAAAACGUGGUUUCCCAUUGGCUGCAGGAAGCUCCUACAGCAAAUCAGAAGCUGCGGAAGCCCCAUCUGACGUACGUUCAUAAACUGGAACACUCACUUCCGGGUUUGUGGCGUUCAGGAGCCAAAACGUUGGACUCACAAGGCGUUCAGGAGCCAAAGUCUGACUGUAUCAUCAGUUUUUUCCAACCUAGCCUGCUGCCGGGAUUGUUCCCAAGUUGUUGGGGGUGAGCACAGCACAAAGGCAGAAACAUUAUUAAUAUCAUCUCAUACACCCUAAUUUUGGCAUGAUGGUGCUUAUUUAGUUGAAUGAAUAGGUCCUCCAUAAAGGACUGUGCACAGGGCCCCACAAACCCCUGGGUCAGUUAGGCCAAAAUAAGAAAACACAGGAUUGCUAUAUUUCAAAACUACCACAGGAUGGUGCUAGUUAGUUGUCUGAGUUUGUGGGUUUCUGUUUUGCUUUGCUUUGCUGGGUCAUUCCAUAUCAAGUGAUCCAACUUUUUCACCUCAUGUCAUCCAGUUUUCUUAAUAUUUUGUACACUUGCUGAAUGAUCAAAACUAAGUUUAAAUCUAAAAUUUUAAUUUUUUAUCCAGUUUGUGAUGAACUUAAACUUAGUUUUGAUCAUUCAACAAGUGUUUUUACCAUACAUCCAGAUUUUCCCAGACAUCCCAGCAGUUCCAGUCCUGUACCAUGAACCUAUUUAAGCUUCAUGUGUAAUGCUAGGCUCUUUGUUUAUCACGUCUUUUAUUUUGCUAUAAAAUAAAUAAUACCAAUUCACGGGCAAUUAUUUGAUUUUUUAAAAAUAGGAACUGGAAGAAGGUUGGCACCAAAAAAUCGCAACAGAAAUGAACCUCUCAGAAACGGCAUUCAUCAGAAAACUGCAUCCUACUGAUGACUUUACAAGAAGUAAGACUACAUUAAAAUAAGCGGUAAUUUUUCAGUUGACUUCAGCAGAAGGUAGAUCAUAUCCCCUGCUUAAAAAUAUAAGGAAGGUUGAUACUUUAGUUAGUAGACUAUAAUGUAAGUUGAAGCAAUAAAUACUUGGUGUAUAAACAUUCCACAGAGCUAAUCUGGUUUAACAGUUAAACCUUUUUCCCAAGGAACCCCGGGAAUUCUACAACUUCUAAUGUGGCAGAGUGGACUGUAUUGCUUAAGACUAAAGCAGAGAGAUACCACUGAAUGCUCCUUUGCAUAAAAUCUCUCUGCAAGCAGAAAAGUAGCAGAAGGGGUGACACAGAUUAGAAUUUUUAUUCCUAAUCUGCUAGCUUUCCUACAGAGAAUUAAAACAACAACUCAGAGAUGCAUUAAGAAUGGCAUCUAUCACAUGCAACCUGGAGUGGUGUGACCAACUCUUGCCACCUCAGGAAUGUGCCAUCUCAUUUUGUAGCACAGGCAGUCCAGGGCGUAGUUCCAUCUCAUUUUCUUCAUCUUGGAGGAAUUUUCAUCUGUGGAACAUUUUUAUCACCAAAUAGCUGACACACACAAUAGCCUAUAGAGAGGCUACUGAUUCAUCUUCGCAAAUACCUACCACACCCAUACUUCCAUUUUUAAAAAUUAAUAUCGGUCAUUGGCAUGUUACAAAUAGAUGGGUGUUUUCUUUCUCUUUUAUCAAAGAAAACCACGCGUGUUAUGUGGAAAUGGAUUCACAUGCAGUAACACUAUAAAAGGGCAAGUAAAUGGCUGAAAAUCUGGUGUGAUACAGCCGUAAAGCUACAGGAAGAGUUUACUGUAAACCUGACUCUUGAAUUUUCUUUUCCUAGGUUCCCAUUUUGGAUUGAGGUGGUUUACACCAGCUAAGGAGGUCCCACUCUGUGGCCACGCUACCCUUGCCUCAGCAGCUGUGUUAUUCCACAACAAGAGUAAUUAACAUUUAAGCUAUAAGUUAUUUGCAAAUAUACCUUUCAACCUAUAUUACAGUUAUAUGUUUCUAAUUUUAAAAACAGAAAAUGUGAAUUCAACCCUCACUUUCGUAACUCUGAGUGGAGAAUUAAAUGCCAGACAAGCAGGCGAUCGUAUUAUCCUGGACUUACCCCUUUAUCCUACUUAUCCACAGGUUAGAUAGACUUAAAUUGCCAGCAUUUUUCCAAAAGAUUAGUUAAGAGCAAUCAUUAUAUACAUAUUUAUUUCUUUUCAUCCAGGAUUUCCAGGAAGUGGAAAAGUUAGUGAAGGUAAUUAGUGUGAUCCUUAUAUUAUUUAUUGUGAUUUUAUUAAAUGUAUAGUGAAUAACACAGAGUUUUCCAACAAUUCAACAACAUCUUCCUUAUUACUGCACUGUACACUUUUGCAGAGUGAGGCAUGUCUAACCCGGUAAACCUCUAUGUCGGUGGUUCCCAAUUACUACAGAUCUCCUAUUUUUCCAAAGCCAACCCAUCAAGCCCCUACUUUUGAAAAUUUUGAUAUAUCUGUGGUAGCUUUUGUUACGUGAAUGUUGCCACGGACACCCUGGGUGGGUUACAUAACCCCCCCCCCGGAGUCCACGGGCCACCAAUUGGGCACCACCGCUCUAUGCCAUACACGUUAUACAUCGUUAUGUCUCUUUCUCCAUGCCAUAUUGGCCUGCAUGUAGCAAACAUCCUCUGUACCUCAAAUUAUGCAGAUGCAAUAGCUACUGUGUCCUUAUUGCAAAAUUGUUCCGUUAAUAAAGUAGAGAAAGUCUGUGGUUUGUGGUGAACAGAACUGGGCUCAAAUCUACAUUUGGACAUUAGGUACACUUUGGGCCUGACCCCAACUUUCAGUCUAGCCUACUGUGCAAGGCUGUUGUGAGGAUAAAAUGGGAUAAUCAUGCACACUAGGGGUUACAUUAGAGAGGAUGGGUGCUUGGUUUUUGACAGAUCCAGUUAAAGGAGUAGAGACUGAGCUGCAUUAAUAGUGUCAAGGUACUGUGGGAGGAGAUGAAAAGUGAAUGUAUCUCUCCUUCAGGCUUUGAAAAUCUCAGCCAAAUUAUCUCUGAGCUCUUGGGCAUCAGUCCAUGUGUUUAAGUGUGGCUUCUCCGAAUGUUCUAAACAAACCAGGAGGAAUCUGAGUGAGCAGACAGAAAGCACAUGUAGGCUGCGUGUUCUCUUUCUGUGUUUAUUUGCACCAUAUGAAGCUUGAGCCCUGUACGUCAUCCUGAUGCAAAGAUGAGUAAGCUCUCUCUGCAUCUGGAGCACACACAACUUAUUCCAGAGGGAGAGGGGUUUAAAUUUGGGUUCUCAAAGUGUUAAGAAGAGGAAGUCAUCUGUCUGUUCUCCCACACGUGUGCCUGAAAUGUGUGCAUCCUUUGAUUUGACUGAGAAUGUAAUGCAUCCUUAAUGAUUGUAAUUUAGGAGAUGCUCUAGUUCUUUGGGGUUCAUCCUGUAAUAUUUUAUUACCAGGCAGCUGUAAGUGAUAUGAAUGUUCAAGAUGUUCGCUAUUCUCCUGACACAAAGAAGCUCCUUGUCCGUCUCAGUGAUGCUUAUGGAAGGUAUAUGUGUUUUUCUACAAAUUUCAUUAGGUAUUAGCAAGGCUGGGGAAUAUUUGGCACGCCAGAUGGUUGCUGGAUUGCAGCUCCCCUCAUUGUUGACCAUUGGCUGCGCUGGCUUGGGCUGAUGGAAGUUGGACUCCAACAAUGUCUAGAGGGCCAUAGGCUCGUCAUCUUUGCUAUAUGUAAAUUAAUGUGAACCCCACCUCCCCUCCUUGAUGCCUUAUUCUAUUUGACUGGCACUGCAAAACCCCUGGAGGGCACCAAGUUGGUGAAGGCUGUUGCAGACAUUAUACCAGUACUGGGCACUUGCUCUUACUGUCGCUAUCCUUACUUUAGAUACCCAGAACUGCAGUAUGUUUCAGCUCAUAAUUGUUCUCACUGGCAUGUUUUAGCUUUAAAUUUGCAUACAUAGGAAAAACAUAUUUAAAUGUUUAACAUUCCAUGCUUAACCUCAAGGUCUGAUUUGGAGAAAAUACAAGUGAAUGGCCAAGAACUUUUGCUGGCUGAGAAGACUGGGAAAGUCCAAGGAUUAAUAGUCACACUUAGGGGAGAUUUCCACGGAAAACAUGAAAGCUAUGACUUUUUCUCUCGAUACUUUGCUCCAUGGGUUGGAGUUUUAGAAGAUCCUGUCACAGGUGUGUUUGUGUGUUUAAGCAGCGCUUUGCUCUCGUUUUUAUUAAGCAUAGGGGAAUAAUUCCUGUUGGAAGCUUUACUAUGUACAAAAUUCAGAAGAACUGCUGGGCUACUCUGCUGUAGCAAAAAACAAGAAAAGCCAACAAUACCUUUAACAAAUGAACAAAACGAGCUUUUACUCUCAUCAGAUACAUCUGUUGAGGCAGGUUUUUGCGUAUGAAAGCCCAUGGCACUAUACAUGGCCAAGCAUUAUUUGUUAUAUGUAACUAUAUUGGAUUAACAUGAUAGCUUAAAAAAAAAUACAUGUGUAUAUAGAUGUGCCUAUUUGGUGUUUAAAACCCUUAAGAGAUUCUUGAAAUAGAAAAGUAAAUGAAUCAACAAUAAAAUGGAUGCUAGAUGCUAUAUUGUUCAGGAGCACCACAUGCACAUGAGUGGGUUUUAGUUUUGGUAUAAUUUGAAAGGUUGACCUAGUACCAAUGAAGGACAAAUAAAAAUAAAAUACACCACAAUCAAUCUUUAUAAUGGCUUUUAACACACUCUCAAAAGCUUGGUGUUUAUGGGUUGUUGUUGUUUAAAAAACCAAUUUGAUAAAAUAUGGUCAUCUGUCAAAUCUUCCCACUCUACCAUGUUGAAGAAACAGAGUCCUGGAAGGUGCCAUGCAGGUAUGAUAUGGGUUAAUAAUAAUAGUAUUUGUAUACAGCCUUAUACCCUUGGAUCUCAGGACGGUUCACAAAAGUAAAAUCCCAUAUAAAAAUCACAAUGUAAAAAACAGAAAAUACAUAAUAAAAACAAAAAAAGCAAUGACAACCCAAUAAUCCCCCUUUCCACAAUACAUUUUAAAAGGGCAUCAGAUGUCAAUCAGCCAAAGGCCUGGUUAAAGAUAAAUCUGCCUCCUUUCUUCAAUUGUGGAUGCUUCAGCCCUCAUGGCUACAAGGCAUGGAGGAGAAUUCUAAUGUGUGGAGAUGUUCUGCACAUCCCAAAGGUCUUUGCAGGAUAUUGCCCUUCCCCAUGUGACAGCCAGUUUGCAAAUGAGGAUAAUAAUUCAGCCUUACCUUACUGUGGCAUUAUAAGGAUUUAUGUUUUUAAUGCAUGUGGUGUGCUUUUUUGGUUAUGAUUAUUACAUCUUUUCAUUUUCUUUCCAGGAUCUGCUCAUACUGUCUUAAGUAGUUACUGGUCACAACAACUGGGGAAAAAGGAAAUGUGUGGUAAGAAUCUCUCUUCAUUUAUAAGAACAAACCUUAGGGCUCAGUAAUUUAAUAAAUGUAAUCUGUUAAAAAUAAAAUCUGCAGAAACUUUAAUUACAGAUUAAUUUUUCCUCCUGUUUAGCCAGAGGGUCUGAAGGCAAGCAAGGGUUCAGGAAUGUAUAUGGGCAGAGUGCUGUGCAAGGAUCUCAGGUGUAUUAGUUUUUCCACCCUUGCCAAAAUUGAUGAAAGAAGAAAUUUAAACCAAGCUGUUCUUUCCAGUUUGCGUGCAGCAGGGUAAAAUUACUGUGGCUUUCCUUCUAAAAAUAAGAACCAUAGGCAAGUGAAGAUGAUAUUGGUCACUUAAAAUCAAUGGCAAUGUGUCUUUCAAGUCUGGAUCUAAAGAAAUACAUGUACAGUAUUAUUUUUAAGCUGUUUGGCUCUAGAUGAGUUAAUGUAUGGGAUUUGCUGUCCCCAUAUCUACUUGAAACUGUAGAUCAGUUCACACAUUACUCGGGUGUGGGGUAAUUUCCUGCUCACUCAGGAGCAGGGCCACGCGUUUAGCCCCAUCCCCUGCAUCCUUCCCCCAGACAUGUGUUCCAUGUGGUUGUCUGUAAAGGAAUUCUUAUAUGUAAGACCUUACAUGGGAGCAGGAGCUCGUGCAUUAAGAGUUCCUUCACAGAACUGUAAGUUCUGAAGAGACACUUACUUUUCUUCCAAACUCAAAAACAUUCCUUCUUUGAAGGCUCUUCCCUGGCCUCCAAAGGUGGAGGGAGCAUGAGGAGAGACUGUGCAGCAUGUAACAUGCACAUAGGCAGCAGAGUUUUGUGGGGGACAGGUGGAGUUUGCAUCAUCCCUAUUUGCUGUCUAGGGUGAGGGCUUCACCAUAGCCUGUCAGUGGAUUGGCUCUGCUGAGUUCAGUAGUUCCACAGAGCUUUCCCCUUUCUUUAACCCAUCUGCUGCUCAUUAGUGACAACCAAGCAUUGCAACAUGCAUCGUUCAUGGGGAACACAGAUAAUAGGAAAUAUAAAUACAAGCCUCCCCCCUCUCUUUGUUUAGCAUUUCAGUGUUCUGCUCGUGGAGGAAAGUUGAAGAUUCUGCUUCGGCCUGAUGGAAGAGUAGACGUCAGUGGCCAAACAGUCAUUGUGUUGAAGGGUUUUUUGACCAUUUAAGAAAAUACGCUGAAAAAAGGAGAGAGAGAAAAUAAAAUUAAAUAAAGCUCUUCGUCAUUACAAAUUUCCAUUUAUUCUUAUCGUUGCUGAUGCAGAUGAAUAUUUUACAGAGAAAACGACUACUUAAAUCAAAAGGCAAAAUGGACAUAAUUCAGAAGACAGGCAAUUUAACUGAAGUUUGAUUUUAUAGUUUUAUCUGAUUUUUAUUUGUUGCAUUGCAUAUUUGUAAACUGCCCUGAGACUAUUGUGGUAUAUAAUUUUUUUAAAAUUAAAAUAAAAU